AGGCCAUUUUGGCCCAAGUGUUGAGCACGGCAGGGCAGUCUGCAGGGCAGUCUGCAGGGCAUGUCGUUGUCCACAUUGCCAAUAAAGUUUUGGCUUCUGAUUGCCACAGUCUCGGCAUGGUCCUUCCAAGGGCAGGACCUAAGAGAAGCCGUGCAUGCAUGGUGUGACGGUGACACACAGAUGGAUGGCAUGGGGCACAUUGGCACAUGGAACGUUUCCAGGGUGACCAACAUGUCAAGGCUUUUUGAAGGCCCGGGGCCCGUGUUUGGAAAAUUGCUGCUUGGUGUCGGUAGUGGUCAUCGUUUUAGAGUCUUCAAGGCCUAGAUAGAUGUCGGGCACGUUUUGGAAGAUGUGGGCGGGCAGAUUUAUUGGUUCCACACUGGUGGCAGGCUGCUCCUCCUUCAAUGAAGACAUUCAUGCAUGGGACACCUCUGCCGUCAUUGACAUGGCCCAUAUGUUCCGCAAUGCCACACAGUUCAACCAACCCAUCGGCACAUGGAACACCUCUGCCGUGACAAGCAUGGAAGCGAUGUUCGAUGGUGCUGCUGAAUUUAACCAGCCGAUUCAUACGUGGGACAUUUCGGCCGUCACCAACAUGGAACGUAUCUUCGAUGGAGCGAUGGCUUUCAACCAGACGAGGCCGGUCUUUGAUGUGGACACCGGCCACUGGUCCUUCGAAUGUUUGGCGGGCCACGUGCGCAGCAACGGCACCUGCCAUCCAUGUGCUCAUGGCUUGGUGGCGAGCAAAGGUGCAACAACAUGCUAUCGCUGCGAGGUGGGAGCCAUACCAGCGGAAGACCAUGGUAGCUGUCGAGUUUGUCCAUUUGGGACCUUUGCUGAGCAAGGAAUUUGCCGCAAACACUAUCAGAUCCAUUUCCUGCCAAUCUUGGCUACUGCAGCAGCCGCACUAGUGGCGUGGGCUUUUAUCACGUGCUGCUGCUUCGAGCUCAACAGACACACGCCAGCAGAGGGGCCGGCUGCUGGGGACUGCGUUUGACUUGCCUGCCCCUGCAUGCUUCAGAAAUCCCAACAUCCGGUGUGGAUUAGCCUGUGAAGCUGUAAAGAACUGUUUCCAGCCGGAACAGAGGCAAAGAGACCUUACAAGAAUGCAUGUGAGCGAAAAAGAGAGCUGGAGGC